GGGUGUUCAUGGUGCAGAUAUAUGCGGUUUCUAUUACUAUUCGUAUUGUGCUUGGUUUUAUGUUGCUCGCCCUCAUAUGGAGGUUUGAUUUCCCACCCUUCAUGGUGCUGAUCAUUGCCAUCCUCAAUGAUGGUACCAUCAUGGCAAUAUCAAAGGAUAGGGUGAAACCAUCUCCUCAGCCUGAUAGCUGGAAGCUGGCAGAAAUUUUUGUAACUGGAGUCAUUCUUGGUGGUUACUUGGCCAUGAUGACAGUCAUUUUCUUUUGGCCAGCAUACAAGACAAACUUUUUUCCUGUAAGAAAACUUAUAACUAUAGUAAAUGGGUCAUGAAAUAGUUGAUUGGAUAC